AUGGCGUCACCACUUACCGCCCAGUCACCCCUUCCCACAGCAGAGCUCCAGCGCAUCGCCAGCAGCGCGUGCGAGCAAGCCAUCGGAGCCUCAGAGCUGUACGACCACCCCAACGUAGCAGACUGGAACACAACCAUCAUCAACACGAUCCUCAAAUCCCUCAUCACCAAGACGUCCACCGGCGAAGGCGACGCCAGCCAACCCCCCGCCCACAAGUACAUCGUCAACAGCACCAUUAUCCAGCACCUGGGCUCGCCGGCGGAACCGGAGAAGCACGGCCGUCGCGGUAUGCACAGCGCUGUUGGCGCCUUCUGGAACAACGAGAAGGACGGCACCUACAGCUACAAGUGGGAGGCGGCGGAGAAGAAGGGCAUGGAUAUUGUGAUUACGAUUACCUGGAUUGCGAUAUAG